AUGUUAUCAAUGUUUGCUUCAGUAGAUCAACAAGAAGAGCCCAGCUUUUGAAAUAGCUUAGAAAAGCCAAGCAACCCUACUAAAUCAAGUGUUCAUAUUAAAGGUACUUUAAUUGAACUUACAUCAACAGAGAAACUUAAAGAGAGAUUUUUCUGUCUGUCUCAAUUUUCAUUACUCAGGUCAAAAAAUGAGAGCUCGCCCUUCAAAAAGUCUUCAUCUUUGAAAUGGAAAAUUAUUGAGCCUUUCGUAGAAGAGGGUAAUAGCGAGCAAAAAUAUGGUUUUCGAAUCAGUCAAGGAGACAUCUGCAGACACUUUUACACAAAGUCUUCAGAAGAACUUGACCAGUGGCUUAUUCAUUUAUCCAAAAUUGGUAUAAUGACUGACAUUAAAAAUGACUAUACUUUUAAAAAAGUUCUGGGGACUGGAAGUUUCGCACAUGUGUAUUUAGCUGUUGACGUCGAGAAUAGCCAAGAAUAUGCCAUAAAAUCAAUUCAAAAGGCUUUGAUUCAAUCCAAAAGCAAUUUUAUGGCCUUGGUGAACGAAAUAGAUAUAUUAAGAAAUCUCAAUCAUCCGGCUAUUACCAAGCUGCACAAAGUUUAUGAAAGCCCACAUCAUAUUCAUUUGGUUCUUGAUUAUGCACCAGGCGGUGACUUGCUCCACAGGAUUUUAAAUAAAGGUCCUUUUUCGGAAGAAAAGGCAGCUAAAUUAAUAAAAAACAUUUUAAAAGUUUUGGAGUACUUGGAUUCCAAAAACAUAGCACAUAGAGAUAUCAAGCUAGAAAACAUUCUAAUGAUGUCAGAUGACAACGACAAUAAAAUCAAGAUAACUGAUUUUGGGCUUGCAAGCCUCACAAAUAUUGAACUAACCCAAAAUUGUGGGUCGCCUGGAUAUGUAGCCCCAGAAAUCUUAAAAAAGAAGCCUUAUGGCUCAAAAGUUGACGUUUUUAGUGUUGGAGUUGUUUUAUAUAUAAUUUUGUCAGGCCGAGCUCCUUUUGCUGGGAAAAAUCCUAGGGAAACUUUAAUUAAAAACCGAGACUGCACAAUAUUAUUUUACGAUGAAUAUUGGAAAAAUAUAUCAAGACAAGCAAUUAAUGCAGUAUUAUAUUUAACAAGAUCUCAACCAAAAAUUAGGCCAACUGCAAAAGAAGCUCUUGAGCAUGAGUGGUUUUUAAAACAUUGUGAAGAUGUAAAAAUCUCUCUUCGUAAAACUUCAUCUGCAGCGAAUAUUUUUAAUGCUGCCUCUGCUUCACCGAAGCCUACACAAGUGGUUCUCCAAGAAAUGUCAAGGCAAAGACGAUCCAGCUGCUUAGCUAAUGGUGGAAGAGGUGAAAGCCAAGUUGAUUUUACAACAAGGCGUAUGAGCUGCUUUCUCAAUAAUACAAAAGGCGAUAACCCAACUGAAUUUUCAACAAGAAAUAUCCCAGCACACAAUCAUAUAUAUAUAAAAAAUGCAGUAGAAAUCCCGACGGAUGAGAAAAAAGAUACCAAAAAAAUUUAA